AUGGGAAGAGUACUUGGUUGCUGUUUGGGUUUCUUAUGCUUUUUGGUUCCUUUGACAGUUGCAGACUGGAACAUACUAAAUCAGAAGACACGUAAUGGAUUGAAGAUCAGCUUGAACAACUACUGUGAAAGUUGGAGAAUGAAUGUUGAGCUGCAUAACAUUAGAGACUUCAAAGUUGUGCCAGAAGAAUGCACUGAAUACAUUGGAAAAUAUCUCAGGUCGACUCAAUACAAAGUGGACUCAGAAAGGGCAACUGAAGAAUGCUUGGUUUAUCUUAGCACCAGCUGCAAUCUGAAGAAAGAUGGCAAAGAUGCUUGGAUAUUUGACAUUGAUGAUACUUUGCUUUCUACAUUUCCUUUCUACAAGGAUAAUCUAUACGGGGGAAAGAAUAUCAAUGUGACAGCUUUGGAGGAAUGGAUGAGCAAGGGUAAUGCUCCUGCUCUUGACUACUCACUGAGACUCUUCAAUGACCUUAAAUCCAGAGGAAUUCAGAUCAUUUUGAUUUCUGCAAGGAGGAAGCAUCUUAGAUCAGCUACAACUGACAACCUUGUCAAGGUUGGUUAUCAUGGGUGGACUAGUCUUGUCUUGAGGGGACCUGCUGAUGAAAUAAAAUCAGUGGAACAGUACAAGUCUGAUGUGAGAAAACAGUUAAUCAAUAACGGUUAUCGCAUUUGGGGAAUUUUAUGUGACCAACACAGCAGCAUUAAGGGAACCCCUAGCGGCAGAAGAGCAUUUAAACUUCCGAAUCCAAUGUACUACGUUGCCUAA